AUGUCACUGAUAUCUCUUUCCUCCCUCAGCUCGUGGAGACACAUUCGUCUUUGCAGAGGAUGAUGAUGAUGAGAUGUUUGAAGAUAUCACGCCACCGACUGCCACUGCUUUAAAUCAUCAGCUGACACCCACACCGGACUUUGCUCGCAGACCACAGCAACACCUAGAAACCACACAAGAAAUGACCAACCCCCCUCAACUGAUGGACACCAAACCAGAUCAGAUAAUCCCUGUUACACAGAAAACCUCCAUUUCGCAGACGGACCCCUCGGCACAAAUGCUCCCCAGCACAGCUAAACACCCUACGACUGAUUCAGCUGAGACGACCACUGUUCCUGUCACAACAGGUACCACCGCAGCCCCUGACCCUGACGCCGUGGCCUGCAGUGGGAGGCCUUUUGACUCCUUCAUGCAGCUGAAAAAUGGCUCUAUAUACGCCUUCAGAGGGGACUACUGUUUUGAACUGGACCAGAAGUCGGUGCUUCCUGGUUAUCCAAAGCUCAUAAAGGACGUGUGGGGCAUCAGCGGGCCUAUUGAUGCUGCCUUCACACGCAUCAACUGUCAAGGAAAGACUUAUAUCUUCAAGGGAAACAAGUACUGGAGGUUUGAUAACGGCGUGCUGGAUGAGGACUAUCCUCGAGAUAUCAGCGUGGGCUUUGACAAAAUUCCUGAUCAUGUGGAUGCAGCAUUUGCUCUGCCCGCUCCAGGUCACAAUGGAAAAGAGAAAGUCUAUUUUUUCAAAG